AACUGUUCAUGUAUCCCUUAGCCGAUGAAGCAGCCUACCACAAAGAAAGGGAAGGAGAAGGGCAUAGAGGCGCCAACAGGAGAGGAGGAGGAGGAGGAGGAGGAGGAGGAGGAGGAGGAGGAGGAGGAGGAGGAGGAGGAGGAGGAGGAGGAGGAGGAGGAGGAGGAGGAGGAGGAGGAGGAGGAGGAGGAGGAGGAGGAGGAUACCGAGCUGGUUGGUGGAGAGCCCAAGGACUGUUGGGAUGACAAAUAUGAUGAGUAGAUUUGAUA